AUGGAGUCGGAACAUCAACCAAAGUUGAGCCCUGUUAGAGCUUUCCAAGUUCUUCAUGGUGGUAGUAUGGAGCCAGAAGAGACAUAUACUAGCCUUUCCGAGUACCAUGACUACGAACCCAGCCUGGAGUUUGAUGAUUCUGAACUUAUACAAACAACUGGUUUAGCGCCUUUACCGCCGGAACUACUUGAUAUACCAGACGAGCUAAUUGAUAGAUCCACUAGCGACGGCACCAUAGAAGAGAAUUUUGAAGAAGAACUUGCACAUGCACCGGAGGUUUAUGCUGAAAUUGCGACUUCGUCAUUGGACUACGAUUGCUUUGCGGAGCUUAGCCGUAAUGGUGUUGUAGAUGUGGUAGGAGACGAUGAGAUCGGUCGCCGCAUAAUCGUGGUGUCAGCAUGUAGAUUGCCCUCCAGUAAGGAUUUGCAUCCUGAUAAAUUAUUAAGGUAUCUGAUGUUCACAUUGGACAAAUAUGUGGAGCAAGAUUACAGCGUCGUUUACUUCCAUUACGGCCUAACAAGUAAAAAUAAGCCACCACUUUCUUGGCUAUGGAAAGCAUAUAAGGCUUUUGAUAGGAAAUAUAAAAAAAAUCUCAAAGCACUCUACUUAGUCCACCCAACUAACUUCAUAAGGAUUGUGUGGCAGAUGCUGCGGCCUGCAAUAAGUGUGAAGUUUGGAAGAAAAAUGAUGUAUGUGAACUCGUUGCAAGAACUGCAGCAUUAUUUGAAUUUGGAAAAGAUUUGCAUUCCAGAACCAGUUUUGGAAUACGACAAAUUGCUGCAAUCUAAGAGUCCAAAGGGAGCACGCAACAAUCCUGACCGCUCUGAUAGAGAACAGAAUGCAAUUAAAGCUGCUCAAAAAGACAGCCUAUCCCCACCAGCAACACAACAAUUUGGAGUGUCAUUACAUUUUAUAAAGGAAAAUAAUACUAAUAUGGUUGACUCCAUACCACCUGUUGUGAGACAGUGUGUAGAAUUUCUCUCUCAACCAGAUGCAUUAGAGACCGAGGGCAUUUUUCGACGUUCAGCCAACAUAUCUGUAAUAAAAGAGUUACAGCGGGCAUGCAACCGAGGCGAACCCAUAUCAUUUCGUGAUGAUCCUCACAACGCUGCCGUCUUGCUGAAAACAUUUCUCCGUGAUCUUGAGGAGCCCCUUAUGACUUUUGAUUUAUAUGAUGAGAUCUUAAAAUUUCAGACAUGGUCUAACCGUGACAAGCCAAGACAAGUUAAAAUCUUGAUCCUUGAAAGGCUACCACUGGAUAACUAUAAACUUUUGAAGUAUAUUAUACAGUUCUUAUGGAAGGUACAAGAUAGAAGUUGUUUAAACAAAAUGACAAGCAGUAAUUUAGCAGUAGUAUUUGGUCCAAACUUAUCAUGGCCACCCAACGGACAAAUGUCAUUACAAGCAAUUGCACCUAUAAAUGCUUUUACAGAUUUCCUACUAGAGAACCAGGAAUCAAUUUUCAUUAUA